AUGUCUAAAGAUAGCUGCGAGUAUAGCACCGGAGAGAAAUGGUUUUUUAACACCGUAGCGCCAAAUGACAAUGUGUUCACUGGAGAUGGUUAUUGGACCCCUACAUCUGCAAAAGCCAUCUACACUGGUGGACAAGCAGAUGGUUACAAGAAAGAAUUCAUCUACCAUCGUGGAACAGAACAUCCUGGAAAAAGAACCAAUUGGUGCAUAUACCAAUUCAGGCUAAAUCCAGAUGUGUAUGUAGCAAAUGCUAUUGGCAAUACUGUUGAAUAUAAGAUAUCAAGUAUUGUAGCCUGCAUGGUAUUCCGUAAGGAAGCUGUUGUCCAGUCGAAUCGCCGAAAGAGAAAGAGAGAAAAAGAACUAAUGAGCUUUUAG